AUGGAAGUAAUAAAACAAGAAACCAGUGAGGAGACCUGUGAAGUAGAAAUAGAGAAUAGUGAAUUGGAUGAUGCUCUUUUGGAUCGAUUUAAAGGUGAAAUUAAGGAAGAAUCCAAUCUAGAAAGUACCGAUGAUACUUUUGAUCGUUCAGCUUUGAAGGAAUUUCCCAUAAAGACUGAAAUAGAACAAGAUGGAAAUAAACUUACCCGUUUUAAAGGAAAACGAAAAAUCAAUGAAGAGAAAAAAUGGAAGCACCUUCAGGAACUAAAAAGUGUUAUAUCUCAAGUGUGUCACUUAUUUUAUGCCAUCCUGCCACAUAUUCCGGAUCGACCGAAAAUGACAGCAAUGGUAUACAAGACAUCAUGA